AUGUCUAGAGAAGAUGAAGAACGUGUUGUUUGUAAAUGUUUAUGCUUCUACUUGAUUGAUACAACGGUGAAAUCAGUUGAAACUGAUAAAUGCAUUCAGGAAGAAGAAAAAUUCUUAAUAUCUAAAGCUAAAGCUUUAUCAAAUUUUUUAUUUUUAAAAGAUGACAUCUAUACUAUUGAUACAGUGAAGUUGUAUGAUAAAAUAGCGAUUACAAAUCAACCAUUGACCAUUGAACAUGAUUUAAAUCAUCAACAGAUUUUAGCGAAAUUUCAAACAGAAUCAGAAACAAUUAAAGCCUAUUUCAAAAAUCAUGCUAAACAAAUGAAUCGUCAGGCUUUAUUAACAGUUUUAGAAAAGAGAAUUCGUCAAUCACAAGUCACUGAAGUUGCAAUUUUAUGGUUAAUAUUCAACGGUACUAAUCAAUUCUCCGUAUAG